AUGCUGAGCAUAUUUGGCAAGAGCCGGGCAGCCAAGGAGAAGGAGAAGGAGAGGAGGAGGAAGGAGAGAGAGGAGAACCAGAGGAUCACUGUGGUGAGGCAGCUGAGAGAUCAGAUCGCCGACGCUGUCAGAGUCAUCCAGCUCUUGCUCGCAGAGGAUGUCCCUCCUGACGACGCAUUCCAGCAGCAGAGAGAACUGUUCAAGCAGGCGAUGACGAGCCUCGAGACGGACGGGAUGGGGAAGGCGUUCGACGACGAGGAGAAAGAGACUCUCAAGAGGCUAGAGCAGCAUGAGAUCGCGGCAGAGACAGACGCGGAGAGGUAUGCUGUGACAUUCACGGAGGAAAAGAAGGAUGAGCUUCGGCUAAUGCGCAUGAGGAGGGAGGUGAGAGGAGAGAUAGAUAGUGCCAGGAGAAUCGUCUACAGGGCAGAGAAGCAGUUUGUCCUCAAGAGCAAGGGUGAUGCACUGUUUGCAAAGUCUGUGAAGGCGAUCGACGCCAAGAAGUUCUACCAAGGUCGAGUCUUCUUCGACGAGGCAAUGAAAUGCUUCACCGACAGCGGGUUUGAGGCGUACAAGAAGUCAAAGAUGGCCUUCACUUCUCGAAUAUCCACAGAGUCUGCCGUCAGCAUCUCGCGCGUCUGGUUCGGGCAUGUCGGCAGAGUGGAGUUUCGGAAGACGAAGUGGAAGAACGAGCUGUGGAGGAUAGAGGCAGAGUCCUUGUUCAAUGCAAUCGACACGUCGGGGGACGGGAUCAUUUCAAGGGAGGAGCUUCAUGACGGACUGACUAAGGCUGGUUUCUCCACCAGCGAGAUCGACAAGAUGACCAAGGAGAUGGAUGAGGACGAGAGCGGCACGAUCGAGAGGUCAGAGUUCAUGAGCGCGAUGAAGAAUGCAAGCCUGCAGAUCAGUGGGCAGAAGGAUAUCAACGAGGGUCUCUGGGGGAUCGGCAGGGCCCAACAAGACUGGAUGUACUGA